AUGGACUAUGAAGUGACAGAGGAAGGGGUGUUUUACGAACAUGAAUCGCAUGAAGAGGAAGAGGAGAGUGAUCCCCUGGCGAGCGAAUCCGACGUUGACCCUGACAAAGAUGCACACGAGGAAGUUUUCGGCGCUUCCAUCGACGACCUCAUCGCUGAGUCUCGACCCAGGGGCCGCCGUCGGAAAAGAAGGCGAAGGGCGUCUGGUGGUGUUGCCAAGAAAGCUAGAGUUUCGGAAGUCCCGCAGCAUCUCAAACAGCUCAUGGGCAAUGCUACGGUUGCGUACAUGCUCAAGCGCUUCGACGAAGCAGAGGAGAUGCUGAACAGGUUAAUUGCAGCCGCCCCGAGAGCCGUCGCGCCGUACAGGACUCUUGCGCUUAUCUAUGAGGAAAACGGUGAGAAGGACAGAGCCCUGGAUAUGUGCAUGACCGCAGGAGAAUUGGAUAAGCAGGAUCGCAACUUAUGGAAACGAAAUGCGGCGAUGUGGGAGGAGAGGGGUGAGUCAGAGCGUGCGAUUUAUUGUCUAACGAUGGCAUUGCGGGGCUCGAAUUCGAAAGAUGCGGAGGCCCUGAGGGCGCGAGGUAUGCUUUACAUGAACAGGCAACAAUUUAGGAAAGCGGGGGAGAACUUUGUCAGGCUAUCACAAGUGACCCCUGAUGACAUGUCUGUUGCGCUGCUAAUUACUCAGACUUAUCGAAGGGCGGGCAAAGAGGAGAGGGCUGUUGCUCCGUUAGAAGCCAUGCUUCAUCACUGCGAGGAAAACAGACCCAAAUCAAAGGACCCCGAGGUUCAUACCAAGUAUGAAGGGUUAUUGGCUGAGUUGACCCAGAUGCUGGUGGAGAUUUGGUUCCGACAAAGCAAGUACUACGAUGCGUCUCUAGUGCUGGGGAGAUUGCAAGAUAGGGCGAGUAGAUUUGGAAGACCGAUAACAUUUGUGCAACGCCUGAUGCUUGCAAUAUCCCAACAUCGGUUGGGUUCCGAGACUCUUGCUUCACCAACAGUACUGGAGUUUAUGUCUUCUCCUUCCAUGUUGCGGAAGCACAGAUUCCUUCUAUGGCAAGUUGCCGAGACUUGUCGCGAUAGCGGCGACUACCAAAAAGCAUUGCAGGGUUAUUCACUAUUGGUGCAGUUGGAUGAUGAACCAAAUCGCGAAGACAUGCUUCUAAAUCGCUCCAUUUGCUACAAGCAGUUGGGGAACAAACAUGCCGCGCGCGGAGAUCUCGAACUAAUACUACAUUGCGAUCCGCGUCAUAGCGAAGCUUUAGCCCGAAUAACAGAAUUCUUGGGUCCGGGUGAGCAACGUCCCGAUCAUAAAAAUAGGAUCAAAGGAUCAGGGAAGCCGGCGCAAGCUUCGCGAGCAGCAAGAAUACUGUCAAGGGGACCCGCUAGUGGCGAGGAUAAGAAUGAAGCCUUACGCGUAUUGGAUCUUGCUAAUGCGUUAUACGCGCAUGGUGAUUACAGUGGCUUUCUGUCGCAAGUUUAUCCGGCUCUUGAGGCAGCAUUGCACAUUCGGGGUGCCGGUGAGAUAGAGAGCGACGACGAGAAUGACGAUGACUUUCUGCCUGGCCGCAAGCUGCGCUUUCUACAAGGCCUACAAGAUCGGCAGCGCGAGCUAAAUGGAGGUAAAAAACCCAUGCGGCUCAGGUGGGAUGACAACGACUUUCCUGCGGAGGAACGCGCGCGACUGUAUUCGGUUGGAGCGAACAUCAUGCGCCUCGUUGAUAAUAAGUCUUUCGUUGAUCUUGCCGAGAAACUUGUAACCUCCUUCCGUGCAGAAGAAGGCCUGGCGAGUGCCUACCCUGUGACCCAUCUGUUCGAAUCCCUGAACCAAAUCCGAAUCAGAAAUAAUAUCCCCCAGCGUAUCCGGUUGAAGAUGCUGGAUAUGGCGGCAUCGUUUGCGGUAGGAGAUGCACUUCGCUGUUACGAGCAUGCACGUAUGAUGUUAAGCGAAGCAGCGACAGAUCCUGAUAUUUGCUUUGCAUUUUCUGUCGCUGACCAGUAUGUUAGCAAGUUUUCAGACUCACGCCGGAUCAAAUCACUACGAUUCAUGAACCGUUUGACGAAGAGGAGUCCUAAAUCAGCUCAUAUUCUGCUCGUUGCCGGAAACUGCUCAGCGAUGGGCGGCAUCAACACCAGCACGUAUACAGUUGGGUUGCUCUUGAAGGCCUUCAAUCUUUCUCCUGAGAGUCCGCUGAUUUCGCUCUGCGCUGCCGUGCAGAUAUUGUAUGUUGCAUUAUCACGUCGUGUCGGAAACAGGAACGAAAUGGUUUUGCAAGCGUUCGCAUUCUUGGAUAACUACAGAACACACCGGGCAAAAGGAGUACGCGGACUAGACGUGGAGUGGUGUGAGAUGGAAGCAGAUUACAAUGUGGGUCGUAUGAUGCAUCAGCUUGGGUUGGUGCACAUGGCCGCCGACAGAUAUGAAAAGGUACUCAACUGGGAACCAAAGGCGGAAAAGACCAUUCCUAACAAAGUGGAUUUGCGCCUCGAUGCCGCAUAUAACCUUGCGCAGAUAUACCGAAUGAGUGGCAGUGAAGGCCUCGCUAACGCUGUUCUUGAAGAUUACGUGACUUUUUAA